CUCCCACUCAUCUGAGCUUCUUCUCUAGCACUUUUUCAUAUCUUGAGCUCUACACCUUUAAACCUCAACUCAUCUCCCAGUCAGCCUCACACACAUCUCCUCGACUCUCCAUCGGCGCUCAACUACCAUCUCACCUCAAAUCUCCACUUUGCUAUUCGACUAGCUACGCAACACUCAUCUUCUCGACUGGCUACUCUGUUUGCUUUCAACUACCAUCUCACCUCAACUCUCCACUCAUAUCACCAACAAUCUACUCAAACACCCACAACUCCCCAUCAACUCCGCCUCUUCACCAUAAUUCUCAACUCCAAACACAACACCACUCUCAUCUCCUCUCAAAACCACCUCACCAACUCGCAAAUUACCAAGGUCUUACCACAGAUCCGCUACAUUCCCUCCCGGAUUUCAAGCCAAACAGCUGUUCACCACUGGCGCCAUUACAGAUUAGCAACCCAGAUUCAGAGCAGACUGGGUAUUUGUAGAAGAUUCUGGGAUCUGGUUCUUUAACCUGCUUCGAAAGACGCUGGGGAGGUUUAAAGUACUGGGAAAGUGUUACGACAUUGAGUCGGGAUUAUGAGGUUAGGUGUCCUUGGGGAUUGAGAAUCAGAGUUGGAGAGGAUUAGAUCCAGAGGCUGCAGGUUAGGGCGAAGAUGUCUUAUAAGGCGGCAGAUUGGAAAAGUGGGGUUGAAGAUGUUACUCUAAAUGGCAAUCCUGAUUUCGCUAUCUUAGCAACUGAGUAUGAAAGGGACUAUGGAACCAAGAUGGUACGCCGCACGAGAACAUUCAAAGUCUCUGGGGAUUCUAUGUCAGCCACUGCUGCUUCAAAUGACUUCAAAUCAGCCUGUCAGCAGGGUCUCACGGGAUUUACAAUUGAAGGAAUUCGACUAUGGCUGCGAAUCAUACACAAUUCUGUUGUCGCUGAUCAACUGGAUCUCUCCAUUGAAGAAGUCUGGAAUGCAUUGGCAUUUGGAACGAGAUACGGCCUUCCCUUUCAGAAGAUGGAGCCAUGGUACAACAAAUGGUUCCAACAAUCCUAUCCAAAUCGACAUAGCAUAGCCCUGAGCGAUCUCAAAAUGCUUUUGUUUCCAAGCUACACCAUAGGAUCUUGGAGACACUUUGCGUAUGUGACAAAACAAUCGUCAUAUCUUGCCACAGGAUUCAUGAAGGAAGACAACCCAAGCCGGUACGACGGACUACAUACGCCUAGCCGUGUCCUUGAUCAGAUCAAUGCCGCUAGAGGCAGCAUGAGACGCGAACUCAACGAAGCUCUCCUGGACAUUGCUUGCCCCGAUAAUUUCUGUCUCCGGAAAUGCAAGAAACGUGCUGAAUGCUACAUCACCUACAUGGAAGAAGUCACCCUCACCAAACUCUGGCCAUUCUCAACACAACACCGAAUCCCGAUUCAGACGGUCCUCGACAGCCCCGGAAUGACAAAUUGGACACACAAGAAGAUCCUUGAUUCCUGCAUGGACUGCUUCAGACGCUUGAAAGGUGACCAUGUUCACGAGGCCAGAGAAAAAGUGGAGAAGUACUGGGAGGGCAUGUGCUUGGAUUGCGUCAAGCUCUCGUUGGAUAAAGCUGGCACCAGAUAUGCGGCAUACUUCAGCAAGGACAAAUCUGAACGCUGGGGUGCUGGCUGUCAAGUCUUUCAUGGCCGGAAUGAAUGGUACUUUUCCUUCAUGGGCUCUCAAGAUGUUAUGGUUCAGCACCAAGAAGAUAGGGGUGACUUCUAAACCCGGGCGACCUAGCAAGGUUUUCAUCUCAACGCUGCCUCGAGGUCUUGUAUAGCUAUUAUGGCUUGAUGGAGGACAGAAAUCAGUUUUUUUCAGCAUUCCUUUACCUUGCAGUGCUUUACGACUGGCGAGAGAUUAUGAUAACCGGGACGUUUCGUCUUCGGGACUAGAGUGGAGGACAACAGCUAGCGCUCGCUAUCUGCAAUUAUCUACUGGGAGGGCGUAUUAUGGUGCUUUCUACUACACAGUCGGCGUCUUAUGGAGCUUGACGGGUUUUAUCCACGAAUCUCCUACAAUUCUUCCUCAUGAUGGGCGGCGUUCAACACCUUCUUCAUACUAUCUCAACAUCCAUCUUCUCUCACAGAUUUACACAUCACACUCCCGGCGUUUACCGUGCUGGGUCGGUACUCAUGGCGUCACGGAGGACUUACCCUUUUUUAAUAUUUCUAUUUACAAAUUCAAUCUACCUUAGUUAGCUCUUACUUUCUCGGAAGGUGCUGCUUCUAAUAGCUACAUAGAGGAAAUACGAUGAUUUUACCAAAGCUACUUAGAGUCCUUGUUGCGUAAUUGCGUUGAUUGCGUGGUGCGUUGGUUGCGUGGGUUGCAUGUUGUGUGUGUGUGUGUAGAGGAAGGUGAACAACCCAGUCGCUUUGCUGAAGCGAGUGGCAAACCUGUAAUCAAUGAAUGCGCUGGCUCUAGGACAGAGGGUCAUUGGUUAUGGUAGGAGGAAUAGCUGUGAGAUGAGAUGAACCUUACUUUGAAUGGCAUCAGCAGAGAUAGAAAUUUACCAGUUGGAUACAUAAAGGCAAUUAAUAAGUG